CUGUCUUGGCAAGUAGCUGAUCAGCCUGCAUUGGUGAGCAGGCCAGUCCAUAACAUGAUUUCUUGAUCCUUAAUUGACAGCAUGGAGCCUAAGCCCUGGAUUUAGCUCUUUCUAUAUGAUUUGACUCAUUCUGUUGACAUUAUUGUUUUUCAGUCUUCUCAACUAGACUGAGCUCCUUAAAUGCAGGAAAUAUGUGCUCAGUAAAUGUUUGUUGGACCAGACACUGAACAUUAUGAAAUAAUGAGAAUAAACUUCUCAUGGUAGCAUUAGAGACACUGAUGACAAAGGUACUGUGGGAUUUGGGUUUGAACAAUAAGCUCUGUGGUGGUAUCUCAGGAGGAAAAUGGUGCUCUCUUAAGUUCUAUGGAACAUAAUGGUCAAGAUCUUCUACUGCAACCAGGCCCAAAGCUGGCUAAUUUGGAGGGCUCUGCUUUAGGGAUACUUAUGAACUCUGUCCUUCCCUCAAGGAACCAGAGGAAGAGAUAGCCUGGAGGAUAGCCCCACUAUGGUUAGAGAGGACAGGGGUGAAAACCAAGUUUCACCAUGUUGAGGGAGAAGGUGCUUCCCCAAAGCUCUUGGCUAUGUCACCGGGGAUAUGAAAGAACUUGCCAACUGGCUUAAAGACAAACCUGUGGUGCUCCAGUUCGUCGACUGGAUUCUUCGGGGCAUAUCCCAAGUGGUGUUUGUCAACAACUCCAUCAGUGGAAUCCUGAUUCUGGUGGGACUUCUUGUUCGGAACCCCUGGUGGGCUCUCACUGGCUGGCUGGGAACAGUGGUCUCCACUCUGAUGGCCGUCUUGCUCAGCCAGGACAGGUCAUCAAUAGCGUCUGGGCUCUAUGGCUACAAUGCUACCCUGGUGGGAAUACUCAUGGCUGUCUUUUCAGACAAGGGAGACUAUUUCUGGUGGUUGUUAUUCCCUGUAUGUGCUAUGUCCAUGACUUGCCCAAUUUUCUCAAGCGCAUUGAAUUCUGUGCUCAGCAGAUGGGACCUCCCUGUCUUCACCCUCCCUUUCAACAUGGCAUUGUCAAUGUACCUUUCAGCCACAGGACAUUUCAAUCAUUAUUUCCAGACAAAUUGGUCACACCUGUAACUUCACCACCAACUAUCUCCUGGUCUGAUCUAAGUGCCCUGGCGGUAAGAGACACUGGCUUCUCACAUUCUCCCUGGCUCUCCAAGAUAGAUAAUGGCCUCCUAGUCAAUUGUCUAUGGAUGUCAGAGUCUCCUAGAUGCUCAGAACUAUGGUGGCCUUUCUGCCUUCAUCUUGCCAUUUAAGGCAUUUGUUCUACUCCAGAGCAUUAAGAUCUAAGGGCUUUUUAAAAUUACUAGUUAGUCAAGCUAAUUUUUCUGCCUUUUACUCUAAACAUCUACAGUGCUAACCCCAGAGUGUAGUUCCACUGGGAGUCACUCUAUCGUAAGCUUGGGGGUGAGGUGAUGGGAGCCAGCCCUUAAGGCAUGUGGCCUCCAGCCUGGUUUUAAAUCUUCCACAAUCUACUUCCUCCAAUCAAAAAACUGGAUGCUUACUGUUAGAGCUCAUGACAGCACCUCACUAUUCUGCUUUUCCUUAUGUGAUAGCCCAUAGAACAUAUAGAAUAAUUUAGGGUUCACAAGCUUUGAUAGGCAUCAGAAUCACCUGGGCAAUUUUUUUUAAAAUACCCAAACAGGCUUCAUCUCAGACACUCUAAGUCAUAAUCUCUAAGGGUGGGGCCUGGAACCUGUUUUAACAAACUCCUCAAAUUGUGAUGCAGGCCAGAGUUUGAGAACCGCUGUAUCAAGGGAUGCGUCCUAUGUAUCUCUUUAAAGAUGGCCGUAAAGAGAUCCUGUAUUUUGUAAAACCUAGUUAAUCCAAAUCAAAUUCCAGCCCUUCCUGUUGGUGUUUAAUGAAUCUGCUUAAGGUUUCUGGAUUGUCAAGAACAAGAGAACACCUGAAAUUAGAAGAAACCCAAAGAAACCUUACCUUUUUCAAUGUGCUCUCCCACUAUCAGGUUAUGGAACACCCUGUUCUGUCUUCGUUGAGUGAUCAAAACACAUGAGAAGCUCAAGUCACCUUUUCUUUAGCUUAUUGCCAGAAAAUGAGAGGGAUCACCUAGAAAUAAUUCAGAAGGAAAAUCAAAGAUUCAUUAGAACUAUCCAUGAAAAAUAACAGUAUAAAAUAGCAUUAAUCUAUCUAGAACCUCACUAAUACAGGAGCCAGCAACCCCAUGUGGCUAUAUAAAUUUAGAUGUAAAUUAAUUAAAAAUUGAGUUCCUCAACCUCUCUAGCCACAUCUCAGGUGCUUGAUAGCCACACGUGGCUAGAACCCACUGUAUUAGACAUCACAGAUACAGACUUGCAUCGUCUCGGAAAGUUCUCCUGCACAGUGCUGAUCUGGGGCAGGGGAAGCCUUGUCCUUCUCUUCACUCUGAACGACCAGCCCAUCAUCAGCACCAACCCCAACCCCAUAACUCCUCCUAGGCCUAGGAGUUACCAAGGCAAACUAUAAACACCAUAAUUUUUUAGACUGGGUUUAUAAGAUUUAUUAUAGAAGCAAAUAGAAUUAUAUUUAUAUUUCUAUGUCAGUGUUUGACUGAUUAGUCUUCUAUGAUACUUAUGAGAAGUAAACAGCCAGUAAAAAGUGACAAAAGCCACAUUAACGGUGAGCAUAAGUAGCUAUUGAAACAAAAAUCAAUGCCAGCCUGGUUGGA